AUGAAUAAUUUGAGCCAUAUCCAACACUUUGCUCAGCAACAAAAACCCCCACUCCCAUCCGCAGCAAUUCCUGGUGGUGCAAUGGUGGGCAGAGGAAAGGAGUGUGCAAAGAAGGUUUUUAUAACGUCAAAGGGAACUUACGUCGCAACAGUACCAGAAGAUCUAUUGGGGAAGGGGACCUAUGGCGUUGUGUACCGGGUUCGAAACGAAAAAGAUCCUCGAGACCUUAGAGCCGUCAAAACGUUCACACCAGAAACAAUGGAUGAGAACGAAGGAAUCCCACCCACAACGCUGCGUGAAAUUAAUGCUUUGAAGGUAUUGCGACAUCCAAAUGUCUUGAAGGCCGACGAGAUCGUUUUGCCUCAAGGGCAACAAGCACUGACAGAGAUGUUCGUUGUAAUGGAGCUGUGCAAAGGAACGCUGAAGGACAAAGUGUGUGACAUGAUACUGCGCUACCUGAAAUCAGAUCCAAAAUAUUAUAACUUUCCGCCUGGUAAAUGCCCCCCAGGCCUUCGACUUCCAGCUGCAUAUGUCAAAGAGGCUAAAUUGUUAGCUUACCAAUUGCUCAAUGCUUUGGCGUAUAUUCAUUCUCGUGGAAUUAUUCAUCGGGAUCUUAAACCAGUAAACAUCAUGUGGGGCUUCGACGACUUGCUUAAAUUCGGAGACUUUGGAUUGGCAAGAUUCAUGCGAGGAAAUCAGAAUUCCAAGGACAACGUGCUGCCUAUCACGGGAGAAGUUCAAACAAUGUGGUAUCGCGCCCCAGAAGUUCUCCUGGGGGAUGAAGUUUAUGGUGCUCAAGUGGAUGACUGGAGCAUUGGCUGCGUUAUAGCUGAGCUGUUUCGUUUUCGAAGAAGCAGCUCCACCAAUCGAGUUGAGCCGGAACCGUUGUUCAAUGGUCGCAGUGAUCCUGAGACCCUUCUCAUGAUUUUCGAGACUCUUGGUCGACCUGAUGUCAAGUCCGAUCCUGGGAAAGAAUACUUGGGGAAACUCCCGUAUUGGAGCUCCGAAUUUCCGAAAUGGGACAAGGGAACAUUGCGAAAGAGGGUGCCUUUGAUUGAUGACGAUGGUCUCGAUCUUAUUUCGCAUCUGUUAAGGGUCUCUCCAUGCGAGAGAUUUGUCGCAAAGCAUCUCCUUGAUCACAUUUGGUUCAGUGAUGUACGCGAAGAGAUCAAGAAAAAGUUUCAGCCAUGGUGUGUUGGACUUGAACGAGGAUAUGAAGUGAUGGCAGCGAUUGACCGUCUUCCGAAUGCACAACCACUUGUCGAGAUUGAACGGAAGGAGCAUGAGACAGGUAGACACGCCACAACGACAGCCUUGCAGGGAAAGCCGCAAUCUGAUCGUCAACAUCCAGGCAACGCAUCAAUGGUGGUAACGCGAAGUGCUUCGAAUCGAGAGGUACCCGAUGCGUCAACAACCCAAGGAGUCCCACCAGGCAAUCAUGGUUAUGGGUCUUUCAGUAAACAAAAUGGUGAAGCAACUGGGCAACUAGAAACUCGGACAGCUGGUAAACCCAUCCCGGUAGCAUCAUCACGCCAAGGGGGGCAAGUUUUGAAUAGAUCGAAUUCGAAACCUUUAGAUCAAAAAACAGAAAAAAAUAACAUUCAGACGAGUAAUGGGUGUAAUAGCUAUAAGAAUAACAAAGCACCAUCAAGCGUUUCAAACGCAACAAGAGAACAAAAGCAAAUAAGAAAUCAGGAAUUCCGCAACGACGAUAGAGGUGUUCCAUCUCAGCAUUCACAUUCUUCAAAUGAGCAAAAAUCAACAGGUGAUGUUGCUUCUUCAGUAACAAAAUUCAGCGGAUUUGAUCGACCACAUAGAGCCCCCACCCAGUCGGAUGGAACUCAACCAGUACGUCAAGAAUCAUUUGAGAACUUCAAACCAAGUUCGUCAGUCUCCGGGACCUCGUCUUUUCAGAACAACUAUUCUUCUCACAACACCAGAACUCAAGCGCAACCUGACCAAGUUCCCGCAAAGCCUCCGUCGGUCGUUUCGUCUGCCACCACGUCAGUAUUUCCCGCUAAUAGAAAAGUUCCGCCCAAUCCUGCGUCUGCCACCAGUGCAGCCGAACAGAGGAGAAGCCGGGGAGUUCCCAGGGCGAAGCGGGCUGCGGGAGCAACUACCCGAAGUCGUCGUAUGGCUGGCGAGGUUCAAGGUCGAAAUCCGUUUGGAUCGAGUGCUCCAAUCCCAGCGGGCACUAGUGGGACCGCAAAGGGGUUUCAGAAAUCCUCUUUGGCGGCUGCCCCAUCUGUUGGAUGGUCCUCUCGCAGCCGAAGCCCUGACCGAGGGGGAGGAGCUGUAUGUCGCCGCGAUUAUCAGAAGUUGCCUGCAAAUCAAUCACAGCUGUUCCCGUACAUUAGAGUCCAUCAACAGCUUCCAGAUGAGCAAAAACAAGAUCUCAAUGCGACCACUUCAGAGACGACAGUUGCUGCAAACCGCCGACAGCAGCCAUCCCGUGCGAAACAGAAUUGA